AUGGAGAUCGCGGCCGCCGGCCCCGAGCCAGCGGCGUCCCGUUCGAAAGAGCGAACGCCUGCGGAUGCCGGGGCCGGGCCGCUGGAGAGGCGCUCGGGGGCCGUUGCUGGCCCCGGGCCGAGCGCUGACAGCCGCGUCUCGCCGGCAGGGAAGGCGCAGGACGCCCUGCAGGAGCGGUACCGAGUGGGUUCGCUGCUCGGGCGCGGCGGCUUCGGCCGCGUCUUCGCGGCCACGCGGCUCUCGGACGGCGCCCCGGUGGCCAUUAAAAGGGUGCCACGGAACCGCAUCCGGCGCUGGGGCGAGCUGCCCAACGGCACCAGCGCACCAGUGGAGAUCGUGCUGCUGGAAAAGGUGUCCACUGGCUUCCCUGGCGUCAUCCAGCUGCUGGAGUGGCUUGAGCUCCCCAACAGCAUUGUGAUGGUGCUGGAGCGCCCGGAGCGGUGUCAGGACCUCCAGCAUUUUAUUCGAGCUCGGGGCUUCCUGACGGAGCAGGUGGCACGGGAGCUGUUCUGCCAGGUCCUGGAAGCCGUGCAGCACUGCACCAGCUGUGGAGUCUUUCACAGGGACAUCAAGCCAGAGAACAUCCUGGUUGACCUGGCCACCGGGCAGGCCAAGCUGAUUGACUUUGGCUGUGGCACCUACCUUCAAGAGACAGCCUACACUGAGUUUGCAGGAACACCAUCCUACAGCCCCCCGGAAUGGAGCCAGUUUGGGUGGUACCAUGGCGAGGCAGCAACCGUCUGGACCCUGGGCAUCCUGCUGCACCAGAUGGUGUGCGGAAAGCACCCUUUCAGGAGGGGCUGGAACAGGAGCUAUGGCCAGCUCCCGCUGCCACAGCGGCUCUCUCAUGACUGUCAAGUUCUCAUCAGGUGGUGUUUAUCCCCGCACUCCUUGGACAGGCCCUCACUAGAAGACCUUUUGUGUGAACCUUGGGUGCAGGAUAUUCAUCUGCCCUAGAAGAAGGGAGAGAGCCACGUGCACACUUUGAUCCAGGCACUGGGAAGAAGGAGCCCCUGGAGAAGCUGUACCAGGUGGGCUUGCUGCUGCUGGAGACCUGGAGGAUGACAGCAAGGAUGAGAACCUCUUCCUGCACCUGGCCACCGACAGCUGAAGAUGCCGGACUUGGAUUCUGGCACUUUCUUCAAAGCCGGGCUCCACAGCGAAUUUGCAGAUGAGUGCACACCCGGGUGGAUGCUCCCAGAUUUGGGCAUUGCUCAGCCUGGCCAGGAACCAAAGGUUCCCCCCUUUGCUGGGGUGGAUGCAACUGAUCCUUCAGUUGGCUGCCUUGCUGCUUUUUGGCAGGGCUGGGGAGAUGGGCUGGGCUGGUUACCAAAUGGGAGUUGGCUCCUGGCCCUGCCAACAGCCCCCACCACGCACCGUGCCCCAGGCUGGGGCUGGGGCUGGGGCAGCCAGCCCAACACAAACAAACGCCCAUGGCGGGGGCAGAGGUGGGUCUCCAGAACCUGUCCAUGGGCGGCUCUGCUUUGCAGGCAAGGAAGGGCUUGGGCUGCUCCACUGCCCUUGGUUGCUUUGGGAUCUUUCUGGGGGCAGUGCAGGGGGGAUGGGAGAGAACAUGGGCUUCCCUCUCACCCGUGGGUGGGUUUUUCCCCAGCAUGUAGGGGUUGGGCCUUUCUCAAGCCCCUGACAGAUACAAGAUCUUUUACCAUUUUUCUUGUUUCCCCUUUUUGUCUGUCAUCAAUUUUCAGUAGUUUGUUGUUUGUUUUUCUAAAGGAAGUGUUCUAGGUAGUGUCCGGUCUGGAUCGGGAAGUGCUUGGGAGCAGCUGUGGCGUGGAUGGGCCGUGCCCUUGGGGAAGGCUGAGGACAUCGUUUGGGAGCAGCUUUUCUUGAGGCAGCAGAUGGCGUGAGCCGGGCUCUGCGGAUGCUGAGGCUGCUCUGGGCUCUGCCAGGGCUCUGCUGGGCUCAGCCCUGGGCACGGCUGGGCUCGCUCUGCCCUCACAUUGCUCUGACAGCUUUGCACCAGACGAGCCCUUUCCAAGCACAGCGCCUGAGCUUUCUGCUUUUGCAGAAGUGCCACGAGUGGGCGAAACCUGGCGAGUGGGCCGUGUUCCUGAGACAGUGCUGUCUGGAGUUAAUGGCUGAAGAAUUGCCCUUCUGCACUUGUAAACCAGAGCAAAAAGCUAUAACGUUUUAUAAAAGGAAUGUCCUUUGCUGCUGGUUCCCAUGUGGAGCAGCUCCCUUCCCGCUGGCUGAGCUGCUCAGGGAGAGCUUGGCAGCUGCUGGCCCUGCAGGGCUGAGGCUUUUCCCCGUUGCUGAGCACAGACUGAUGGAACAGCACUGCUGAACAUGAGGACACCCAGAGGGAGCAGAAGCAGCUGCCUUUGUCCACCUGAAGCUCCAAGGCCCAAACUCUGAGCACACAGGGCUGGAAGAGACUGGCAGGCUCCCUGUUUGCUGUGCUGCCCCACUUGUGCCCGGCCCAGCUCUGCGUGAGGCUGAGGGAGAACAAGGGGCAGCUCCCUGCCAGCCCCAGCCCAGGGACCCCUCCGGCCCCAGGGCUUGGGGCACUGUCAGCACCCGCUGCUCCAGCCACCGCUUCUGCUGGCCCUGACAGCAACAAGCAAAUUGUGGCUGAUCCCCAGGGAGCAGCAGCAGUGCCUGGAUCUGAUCCCUCACUCUGGCGCAGGGCUGGACAAAGGACCCCCACAGCAGCAGCAGCACAUGGAGCUGACUUUCAGCACAGCCCCUGCCACUGUUCCCUCCCGUGUGCACUGGUGUCACAGCAGCCUGAGGCACCUGGGAGCCCUCAGGGCCAGCAGGGACUUGAGAUGGCAGCCCUGGGCUCCUGGAGGUUGUGCAAGGAACAGAGGUGGGGGCUCCUUCUCCACCUAGAGCUUCCAGAUGGAAAAGGCUGCUGUGAGCAGGCAGCUCCAAGGGCAGAGAAAGGAGGGUCUGGACCUCUGGAUCUGUGCCAGUUCAGCAUUGCUGAGCCUCCCCUUUUGUGCUCCUUUCCUGCUUUGAACUGGAGUAAAUUACACUGAUUCCUUCAGGUGCUGUGUGUGUCUUUGGUGCUGACCCUGCCCACUGAUUAAACAACACUGGCACAGUCUGGCCAGAUCACACCAAAAUGUCUCUUUUUCAAUGUAAAUGUGAGGAUUCCGUCCCCUCCAAAAUUCUGAGAUGGGAACACCUUCUUUAGUGGUCACUGGCUCUGGAGUGGACUGAGGUCUGAGCACUCUGCAAGCCAUGGGGGAGUCACUCCAAAGAAGCUGAAGCACUGGAUGUAUUAAAAUGCAUCCGGGAAUUGCAUAUGGAGAAAGGAAAAGAACUUGUGGGUUUGGAAGAAAAAGCUGAAUUUUGUUUAAGAGCACAUUGGAAACAGCACUAACAGAAGGAACGAUUCUUGUUGGAACCCUCCCACAAGGAGUGACAGAAGAAGGUUUUAAUCUUGA